ACCUGACAACCUAACCAAACCCCUAACAGCCCAUCCUAACAACCUAACCCCUAACCUAACUUAACCAAACCCCUAACCUAACAACCUAAUCCCUAACCUAACUUAACCAAACCCCCAACCCAACGACCUAAUCCCUAACUUAACCUAACUUAACCAAACCAUUAACCUAACCAAACCAAACCCCUAACCUAACUUAACCAAAUCCCGAACCUGACAACCUAACCCCUAACCUAACUUAACCCCACACCACCACCACCACCACCAUGAAGGAGCAAUACCGCGAGACCGACGUGGUCCGGAACAUCGUCAACAUCCAGUUUGGGGUGCUGUCGCCGCAGGACAUGCAGCAGCUGUCUCACGUACAUGUCGUGUCCUCCGAACUGUACUCCAACGCAGCGGCGACGCGACAACCGGCCCCACAUGGCGUACUGGACCUGAUGAUGGGCACCAGCCAGAAGGACACCCCCUGUGCCACAUGUGCCAAGAACCUGACGGACUGCACAGGUCACUACGGGUACCUUGACCUGGCGCGACCUGUCUUCCACGUGGGCUACUUCAAGAACACCGUGCACAUCCUACAGAACAUAUGCAAGACCUGCGCCCAAGUCCUACUCAAGCCGAAAGACAAACCCGGACUGUGCGAGCAGGCCAAGCACGUCACCUCCUACCUGCAGAAGAAGGCUCUCUACAAACGCAUCAAUGAACUCUGCAAGAAGGUGUCACUGUGCCCAGCCUGCGGUGCCAUCAACGGGGUGGUCAAGAGACUUCCCCCCUUAAAGAUUAUUCACGAGAGGUUCCGAGGGGUCAAGAAGGGCGACCCCGUGCUGACCAACUACUUCGCCCAGUUUGACACAGCCCUGGAGUACAACAAGGAGCUGGAAACACAUUUGAACUCCAGUGUCAUCGAGUUUCUCAACCCAAGCCAGGUCCUGGAUUUGUUCGAACGGAUCCCCUACACCGAGCUCCCACUACUCUGCAUGAACCAAGAGUUUUCUCAUCCGAAGGACCUCAUCCUCACCCGUCUGCUGGUGCCCCCAAACUGCAUCCGGCCAUCCGUCAUCUCUGAGCUCAAGUCUGGAACAAACGAGGACGACAUCACUGUUAUGCUGACAGAAAUCAUCUUCCUCAACAACCUCAUCAACAAGCGAUCGGCGGGCAAGGUUCAGAGCAUCCAGGACUCAUGGGAACACCUACAGCUACACGUGGCCUUCAUCAUGAACUCUGAGAUAUCCGUGCCCAUGGACCUCAGCAUGGCCAGGAAGUCCACCCGGGGGUUCGUCCAGCGUCUGAAGGGCAAGCAGGGGAGGUUUCGGGGUAACCUCUCGGGGAAGCGCGUCGACUUCUCCAGCAGAACUGUCAUCUCCCCCGACCCCAACCUGAGGAUAAAUGAGGUCGGCGUGCCCAUCGAGGUGGCCAAGCAGCUGACCUACCCAGAGCGCAUCACGGCCCACAACCUGUCCCUGAUGAGGCAGCUGGUGCGGAAUGGCCCCGACGUCCACCCCGGGGCCAUGUUCGUGGAGCCCCGCUUCUCCCCGGGGGUCAAAAAAUCCAUGCGCUACGUCAACAGGGAGCGCAUGGCCAUGGAGCUGCGGCAGGGGGAUGUGGUGGAGAGACACCUGAUGGAUGGGGACAUUGUCCUGUACAACCGUCAACCGUCCCUGCACAAGAUGUCCAUCAUGUGCCAUAGGGUGCGUGUGCUGCCCUGGCGCACCUUCCGCUUCAAUGAGUGCGUCUGCGCCCCUUACAACGCGGACUUUGACGGGGACGAGAUGAACCUGCAUGUGCCGCAGACCGAGGAGGCGCGGGCCGAGGCUCUCACGCUGAUGGCGGUGACCUCCAACCUGGUCACGCCCCGUCACGGUGCGCUCAUCGUGGGGGCGACGCAGGACUUCUUGACGGGAUCCUAUCUGCUGACCCAGAAGGACGUGUUCUUCGACAAGGAGCACGCCUGCGCCCUCAUAUCCUCCAUCCUGGCCGGGAAAGAGGCGGCCUACAAGGUGGAUCUGCCCCCCCCUGCUAUCCUGAAGCCCCGGCAGCUCUGGACAGGGAAACAGGUCUUCAGCUCCAUCAUCCGCCCCAACAAAUCCUUCCCCGUGGAGGUCAACCUAACCACACGGCGCAAGGACUACACAACGGGCGAGGAACUGUGCUCAAAUGAAGCGUGGGUCGUACUACGCAACUCUGAGCUCCUGGCCGGGGCGCUCGACAAGUCCCUGCUGGGCUCGGGGUCAAAGAAGAACCUAUUUUAUGUGAUUCUGAAGGACUAUGGGAAGGAGCACGCGGCAGAUGCUAUGUGGCGCGUGGCAAGGCUGUCGACACUGUAUCUGAUGAAUCACGGGUUCUCGAUCGGAAUUGGAGAUGUGAUGCCAGGCGCGGGGCUGCUGGCGCGGAAACAUGAGCUGCUGCAAGAUGGGUACGGGAAAUGCGACGAGUUCAUCUCCCAGCUCCGCGAGGGCACCCUACACUGCCAGCCGGGGUGCACUGCCGAGGAGACCCUAGAGCAGCUCAUCCUCAAGGAACUCAGCACCAUCCGAGACAAGGCGGGCAAGGCGUGCGUCAUGGAGCUUCACAAGACCAACGCAGCGCUCAUCAUGGCCAUCUCGGGCUCCAAGGGGUCGUUCAUCAAUAUCUCGCAGAUGAUCGCAUGUGUCGGUCAACAGGCCAUUGGCGGGAAGCGCGUCCCCAAUGGUUUCGAGGACAGAGCCUUGCCGCAUUAUGAGAGGCACUCCAAGAUCCCCGCGGCCAAGGGCUUCGUCAGUAAUAGCUUCUUCAGUGGCAUGACCCCGACGGAGUUCAUCUUCCACACCAUGGCAGGUCGCGAGGGGCUGGUGGACACUGCCGUCAAGACCUCCGAGACUGGCUACAUGCAGCGCCGUUUGGUCAAGAGCCUCGAGGACCUCUAUGUGGCCUACGACAUGACGGUGCGGAACUCGACGCAGGAUAUUAUACAGUUCAAAUACGGCGGUGACGGGCUGGACCCCUCGGAGCUGGAAGGCACGAACGGACCCAUCGACUUUGAGCGCGUGCUUGACCAUGUGCGAGCUAAGAACCCGUCGAGCGAGGAGGACCCCCUGGCCGGCGUGGAGAUCAUGCAGCUGGCGACGAAAUACCUGGCCGAGGACGCGUUCCGAGAGUUGUCCGGGGAGUUCCGUGAAGAGCUCAAAGCGUUCAUGGAAAAGUUCUCAAAGCGCGUGGACAAGAUCCGCUCCAAACUCCGCCCCGCCACCACCACCACCACCACCACAAGUACAUCCCCCUCCACCACCGCCACCACCACCACCCCAGCAGCCGCCACCACCCCAAGCCGCCCGGUGGAGAAACACGUGGAGCGGCUGACCUUCACGCAGCUAAUCGACUUCCUCAACACCUGCCUGGACCGCUACCAGGCCGCCGUGGUUGAGCCCGGCACGGCGGUGGGAGCGUUGUGUGCCCAGAGCAUCGGGGAGCCUGGCACACAGAUGACCCUCAAGACUUUCCAUUUUGCUGGCGUGGCGGCCAUGAAUAUUACUCUGGGGGUACCACGCAUCCUGGAGAUCAUCAACGCGUCACACUCAAUCUCCACCCCAAUCAUCACGGCCAAGCUGAAAGUGGAGACGGACCCUGAGGCAGCGCGGCAGGUGAAGGGGCGCAUUGAGAAGACUCUGCUGGGGGAGGUGUGCGAGUAUGUGGAGGAGGUGUUCCUGCAUGAUGACUGUUUCCUCCUGCUCAAGUUGGCUGUCGAUCGGAUCAGGCUGCUUAAGUUGGAGGUUGAUGCGUAUUCUAUCAAGUACUCCAUCUGUACGUCCAAACUUAAGGUGAAGGAGGGUGACGUGGGCGUGGUCUCGGACACCAUCAUCACCAUCCGGCCCGGCAGCACCAAGAGCUCUGUCAUGUACCACCACCUUCAGUACCUCAAACAGCACCUCCUCAAAGUCAUCAUUAAGGGCCUGCCAUCCGUCAGCCGUGCCGUCAUCAACCAGAUCGAGUCUGGCGUGGGUGGCGUCAAGGGCAAGUAUGAGCUGCUGGUGGAGGGCGACAACCUGCGCGAGGUGAUGGCGACCUAUGGGGUGGACGGGACGCGCUGCACCUCCAACAACACCUACGAAGUCUUCACCUGCCUGGGCAUUGAGGCGGCCAGGGCCACCAUCAUCAAGGAGAUCACGGUCACCAUGGAGACGCACGGCCUAAGUGUUGACCGACGCCACGUGAUGCUGUUGGCGGACCUUAUGACGUGCCGCGGCCAAGUGCUGGGCAUCACACGGCACGGCCUGGCCAAGAUGAAGGAGUCCGUGCUCAUGCUGGCCUCGUUUGAGAAGACCGCUGACCACCUGUUCGACGCUGCGUACCACGGCCAGAGCAACCCCAUCAAGGGUGUGAGUGACUCUAUCAUCAUGGGCAAGCCUAUCAACAUUGGCACCGGGGUCUUCAAGCUCGUCCACAGCCACCCACGCCGCCCCCGCCCCGCCCCGCGCCCCCUCAUCUUCGACCACCCCAACCUGCAUGUGCCACUCUCCCUCACUGCCUGGUCCUGAGGGGGGGGAGGGGGAGGGUGAAGGGGUGAGGGAGAGAGAGAGAGAGAGAGUGUGUGUGAUGAGGUUGGUUUUGUGUGAAGAUUUGAAGAGAGAGAGAGAGAGAGAGAGAGAGAGAGAGAGAGAGAGAGAGAGAGAGAGAGAGAUUUUUUGUGAUUAUAUAUAAGAAUUUUUUAUGGCUAGAGUUAUUGAUAUUGUAAUUAUUAUUGUUAUUAUUAUUACAUGUUGUGAGAGAGAGAGAGAGAGAGAGAGAGAGAGAGAGAGAGAGAGAAUCUGCCCUUCCCUUCCAUUUCCUUUCCUUCCCUUCCCUUCCUGUCCAUUCCCUUUCCUUCCCAUCCAUUCCCUUUCCUUCCCUUCCCUUCCCCUUCCUUCCAUUCUGUUUCCUUCCAAUUCCUUUCCUUUUCUCCCCUUCCCUUCCUUUGCCUUUCCAUCCCUUUCCUUCCCUUCCCUUCCUUCUCCCUUCAUCUUUUCUUCCUCUCUUCCUCCUCCUCCUGUCUUCCUUCCACCCUUCCAUUUUUCUUCAAACAAUCCACAUUUUCUUCCUCCAUCUCCCCUCUUCUUCCACCCUGUCCUCCUCCUCCUCUCAUUUCUUGCCUUCCCACAUACUCUCCCUUCUCUCCCUGGACCUUCAUUCUCCCUCCUCCUCUUCCCCCUCUCCCCAAAACUAAGGGUGAUAGCUUCUCCCUUAGCUCUUCACCCCUCCUUCCCUCCCUUUCAUCCACUCCCUUCCACUGAUAAACUCCUCCACCUUCCACAUCCAGCUCCUCCUACCUUCUUUCCUUUCUUCUCUAAAUUUCUUCUCCCUUUUAAUCAUCUUCCACUCUCCACUUCCUACUGCUCUCCCCAUCUCUCUCUCUCUCUUCUCCCCUUACGAACUUCCUCCCAAGGCUAAGGGGUGGGGUUCCUUAAGUCCUAUGUGUGUGUCUGGGGGGGCAUGUGUCUGUGGGGGUUGUAAGCAGACUGUGGGGGCGACAGACUGUGGGGCCUGUGAGAGAGAGAGAGAGAGAGAGAGAGAGAGAGAGAGAGAGCACAAACAAACACACAUAUGCACAGAGAUGAUUUUAUUAGCUGACAACUUUACAAACAUCAACAUUCUGAUAAUAAUAAUAAUAAUAAUAAUAAAAUACUGGAUGGAAUAUUACACUGUUUUUAACCCUCCUACCUUGAUGUACAGGUAAGUUAGGUUAUUAAGUAACUCACCAGGUGUAGAAGGGAAGGUUGCAAUAAUAAUAAUAAUAUUCUUAGUUGCCUUCUUCUUCUUCUUCUUCUUGUGACUAAUUCUUCUUCUUUGUUUUCUUCUUGCACUUGUUUUCCUUCUUCCUGGUUCUUUCUUCAUUGUUUUGCUUCUUCUUUUUCUUUUUCCUCCUUCUUAUCCUCCUCCUCCUCGGUUUAGCAUAAUUAUUUCUAAACAUUAUUCUCAACCCUAUUAUUUAACAAAACAUUUUCCUCCUUCCUCCUCCUAAACACACAUUUAAAAACCCUUUUUCCUCCUCUUCUUCCUUCUCCUCCUAUACAUUUAACAAACACUUGAAGCUUCUCCUCCUCCUCCUCCUCCAUCUUCAACAAACACAAUACAUAAACAUUUUGAUCGGUGACGUGUGUGUGUGCGUGUGUGCGUGUGUGAGCAUAAUAUUUUGGUGUUUAUCUGCAAUCGUUAUUUUAAAUGCAGAACAACACACACACACACACACACACACACACACACACACUAUACGUUCAUGGAGAGGGAAUAAUACUGCUGUGCGUACAUAGACACACACACACACACAGAAUAUGUAUAUACGCACAGAAACACACACACACACACACACACACUAUACGUUCAUGGAUAGGAAUAAUACUGCUGCGCGUACAUAAGACUACAUAGACACACACAGGAUAUGUAUAUAUGCGCACACACACACACACAGUCAUGAUAUGGUAUAUGUACACACACACACACACACACGUGGGUAUUAAUAUGUAAGGACACACAUACGUACACAUGGGUAAUAUAUAAGUGACCACACACGCGCACACACACAUACAUGAACUAUUUUUACGCACACAAAUACAAACAGAUGCACACGCCUGUAUGUAUGUAAGUCGAGCAGGCACAUGUAUACAUAUUCAGUACACACACACACACACACACACACACACACACACACACACACACACACACACACACA